GCAUUUUUUCCUCUUCCGUACACACUCCUUCCAGUCAAGUUUGACAGCUACGUACCACCAAAUUUACACCGCUAAAUAUUAAGUAUCCUGCAGUUGUGAAUUCAAAGACUACACGAUUGGCAUCUUCAUUCAAUAAUUAAUCCAUUCCAUUCCCACCCUCAAUCAUUGAUUCCUUCAAAUAUAUAGAAAUCUCCCCUCCUUUUCCUCCUCCUGCCCUUCUGUGUGUGUUGAACUGAAAAAAAAAAAUGGCGAAUUCAGUUGAUGCAAAUUCUACCAAGUGUUUCUCCGGCUUCGCACGGCGGUUGUUGUGCGGUGGAAGCCUCCCAACACACCCAUCUGAUCAGCUUGUCGAGUCCAAGAACAGCAAAGAAGUUGAGAAGCCUGAAAGUACUUUAUUAAAGUCUGAUGAGGCAAAAUUGAAAGCUGCAGAAACUCCUGGAGUGGUGGCCAGAUUAAUGGGUUUAGAUUCCCUGCCAGAAGAUAUCAAGCCAAAAAAUAAAAAUCUGUCUUCUUAUUUUCGAAGCAGGUCAUUGAAUUCCAUUGACUUUCUUGCACAAUUUGAUGUUUCUUGUAAACAAUCCCCGGCCCAGCAUAGAAGAUUAAGAACAUCUGUGUCAUUUCGUGAAGUCCCUUCUCUUGAUCUUAAAGGAAAACAUGAUUUUGACUUGAUUCUGCACUUUGAGGAAGUAGAAAAUUGUAAAGCUACAACCAAACGUCAAGAAAGAUCGGAGGUGAAACAGAAGAAGGUACUCAAGAAAGAAAGCAAUCAAAGCUUAAAAGACCAACAAUAUCUUAUGAAGAAAUCUGAGGAUAAGCCCAAGAAAUUGCAUGCUAAAUUAUCUUCAGAAGUUGGCUACAGUACUACACCUCGGAAGAAGAAUGUUAGUAGAAAAACAAAUGUGGACUUGAAGGAAAGAAGGCCAGCCAAAUCACAGUAUUCCAAGAACCAAAAGAAAAAAAAUUCUCAGUACAACCCAAAAAAAUCACAUUCUUUCUCCGUUUUUGAUGAAACUCAACAUUAUCAGAUGCACCCAGUAGCCACUCCAUCAUCAUCAGAAGUUUUGCCCGUACUGCAACGUUCAAACAAACCUAUACGGCAUUCUAACUAUGGAGAACUCAAGGCAAUCACUGACGAACGUGAUCACAACAAAACGAUGAAGGAAGAGAGUUCUUACAACCUAAAAUUGGUCGAAAAUGUCCGUAAGUUGACAGAAGAUGAUCUAAAGGAAUCUCGUUGGGCACCCAGUCAAGUCUUGAAGUUCGAAGAUUUUGAAGAUAUAUGUGUGCAUCAUGGGCAACAAAUAUUUGAGUUAUUGCUGAAUCAAGUUGUUGAUGAGCUUGUGCUGCUUCACAGGAGAAAGGGAUUCUUUCCUAUGCAUGUUAAAGAAAGAAACAGAGAUUUGCAAAUGAAAAAACUGUGUAGAUAAUAAUUUCUGAAAAUUAAGUUGGUGCAAAACAGAGACUUUUUUAAAUGUUCUGAUCAAUGUUGAGGCUGAUUCUAGAGUUACUGAUGAGUACUUUCAGCACCAUUAUUGCAAAGAAAAAAUGCUUAAGCCGAUCGAGCACCUAAUAAAUGAGCCCUAGUGGCAGGGCUUCUAUUUUUAUUUUUAA